UUAGGUUAUUUAGAUGAUUGAGUAACUAGGAGGGGGGGGGGAUUACUUUUUCAUAUGGAUGUUUGAUAAAUUUUUAAAUUAAAUAAAUUAAAUAAUCAUUUUGAAAAUAUGUUUACUCUGUUUGCCUUUGCAUAAUAUGACAUUUUAUCGAAAGAUCCGAAGUGUGACAAACAUGCGAUAAUACAAUUUGAAUGAAUGAAUGAAUGAAUGAAUGAGAUCAGUUAUAGCCUAGAAUACCCUAAACAUAUGAUAGCCUAUAUUUAAGCAGUAAAACAUUUUAAAGGAACAGUAGGUCGAAUACAAUGACAGAAUCGACAGCGUGUUUAGCCUAAUUAUAGGCGCUUGCUAGAAAUUAUUUGCGAUCCGGGUUGUUAGCAUUCAGAUGUUUGACGUCGUGUUUUUGUUGGUUCUGACAGGGCUAAAUUUAUACCUCUCUGUAUUAGAAUCAUGUUCAGGAAUGUGAAGACUCAGAUGUCACACAGUACUGACCAAGCUGGACAGCGAUAACCUUUUCUAGUAUAGCAGAGGGCACGCAUGCCAGACCUAACUCGAGCGCUAUUGGGAGGCUAAACACUGCACACAAACACUUGAUUGGUAAUAAUCAGUGUUCCUCUGAUCUCUACCCCGCCUCAAUGUGCACGGGACGAAAACGUUUUCACGGUUUGAACACCGGUGUCUUUCACGGAAAUGUCCGAAUGAGAUAGGCAAUGGGAGCAACACGAAAGACAGUGAUGAACGCGUCAGCUGGAACCGGAGUUUUUGUAUUGUCCAUGCUGUCAAUACCCAUCUCAUACAUCUUUAACUUUUUAGUUUAUGCAAACAGCACCGAAGCACUUGUUGUGGCAGGGGCGUUAAUUUUACUUGUCAUCGCAACGUCGGCUCGCAUUUUGUUAAGGAAAAAGCUACCUAAAGAUCCUCUUUUCUAUGUUUACGCAAUAUAUGCAUUCUUUAGUGUGGUGAACCUCAUCAUAGGACUUGAGCAAGAUGGUAUCAUAGAUGGAUUUAUGACCUUUUACUUAAAAGAGGCAGACCCUUACAUCAACACAGCACACGGACAUAUGAUUUCCUACUGGGAUGGCUGUGCACAUUAUCUCAUGUACUUGCUGAUGGUUGCAGCAAUAACCUGGGGGGCAAGUUACAGAGCUAUUGGCCUCUACUGGGUGGGAUCCUUCCUAAUGCGCAUAAUAGUCUACAUUCCUGGCAAUGUUGUUGGAAAGUAUGGGACCCAGCUGAGCCCCCUGUUCUUUGUACACUCAUUGUACAUCCUGAUCUCCGUGUGGGCAUGUUUUCGUGUCUUCAGCCAGCCACCCACACAGGAAGCACUGUCCACGAGCAUCCAGGAAGUCCAUAAGCAGAGUCUGAUGCAAAGACCGCUGGAUUUCAUCUUUGCCAUCUACCUCAUCCUUGCCAGUGCUUUCUGCAUCUUCAGAGGUUUGGUUGCACUGGACUGUCCAACCCAGUGGUGUCAGGAGUACGUCCAGCGCUGUGAGCCUUACCUGAAAGACCCUUCGGCCUAUCCAAAAAUCCAGAUGUUGGCAAACAUGUUUUACUCUGUGCCGUACUACACGAUAAUGCUCUAUGGACUGGUCGUCCCAGGCUGUGACUGGAUUCCUGACCUGACACUGGUACACUCCGGAGCAGUAGCACAAGUGGUUUCUCGAAAUGCCGCAGUGAGUGAGCCAGUGUUCCAUGAAUGAGAGGAGCCAGCUCAGCGGAGAUAUCGCUACCCCCAGAGGGCAGGGCUGCUCUGCGAGGUGUGGCUCGCCCUCCUCGUUGUCUCCACAGGAAGAGCUCUGGGGCCACAGGCAAUCUUCCCACUGACCACAGAGAGGUGGAGCGCUCCAUUCAGCUGUACUGAACUGAUGUCAGAACAGCGGACCGUAUGUCUGCGCUGGCAUUGUUUCAGCCAGGCAAGUGUUAUGCAGCUGAAUCAUAUCUGUUCCUUCCCCAGCAGACCUGUUCUUCGGCAAAAGGCUAAGGGGACAACUCAACAACAGACAACGUGGCCUCACAGAAUCUACAGAUAGAUUUUUAAAAAAUGAAUCCACUCUUUCUUUUUCAUGUCAAAUCUCCCUGUAAGCAGCAGCAAUGAAGCUGAAAAACCAAAAAUUACAUUUUAACACAGUAGACCUACAUGUGGUCAUUCAUAAGUUAUUGUAGUUUUGUGGUCCAAGUGAAAAAUUGAACGUUUGUGUUGUAGCAUAACUUUGUCAUGUUUUUUUUUCCUAUACUGGUGCUCUUUUGUCAUAUAGUUUUUUUUCUCAGAAUACACCACUAUGAAACAGAAAAGACUGUGAAAAUACAAAUUAUGCCUGUCUAAGAACAUAUCUGUGUCCACUGCAUUUAACAUCAGCUCUGCUUCUUUAAAAUACAAAAACAUAUGAUAUUACAAUUGUCACUUAAUUUUUGGCCUGGUUUAAAUGGCAACUAUUUGGUGCCAUUUAAAAUUUUGCUGCAGCACAGAACAAGCAAUAAUUCAUAGCAUGAAACUAAUAGUGCAGCGAAAAUAACUUAAAGAACAAAAUUCAAUUGAUAUAGAUUUUUCUUUUACUUUUUCAAUACACAUAGAUCAUAAGUAGAUUUUAAAACAUUUGUACGACUUUUUAAUUUAUUUAAUUUUUUUCCCAGAAUUACCACCAUGCUGAACUAAGAAUUGUGAGUUAAUCAUUAUGGAACCUCUUCUAUUCCAAUCAUACAUGCUAAGCCUUAAAGUUCUUUUUGUCCCUGUUCUAGGUCAUCAAUAAUGCAUGUUGAGCGUGCAUUUUUAAUUCUGACACACUUGGAGUAACCUUCAAGCACAUGCAGUCAACAGCAAAAAGGGGCCACUUUUUAAUCAAAUCUGACUCGUGCUUGAGUUUAAUUACCAGAAAUACUUUAAUGUAGACUUCCCUGCACCAGCGAAGCACCUGAUUUUCAUUUAAAAGAAUGAAGUGACGUGUGGAACCUUGUGUCUUAAAGCAGCCAAAUCCCAUCAUUAUCAGACACAAAACGAACAUGGUCCAAUUAAUAUAAUCCCAUUACACACACACUGUUCCUUUGCUGUUGCGUCUAAUAUACAUCUCAAUCAGUUCCAGUGGACACAGAGAGGUGGAAAUGCCACCAUUCCCGGUUUGCAGCAAUUUUUCUUAAUUAGCUAUUCAUUACAUGAACUUGAACCGGAACAUUUUUUAUCUUUCAUCCCCUGUGAAGUCAAUCUGACAAGCCAUUUCAAAGGACUCAAAGCUUCUUAUGAACACAGCACACCCCUUGCAUUUCUGUACAUUCAUUCCAGUUUGUUUUUCUAAUAUGUAAUAAUACAAGUUAGCUGUAUAAGCUGCAAUGUCAUGUUAAAAUUGAAGCAAGCAAAAAAAAAAUACAUACAAUUGAAUAUUGAAGAUUUGAGGCUUUAAUUUUGAAAUCAGAGGGGAAAAUCCCCCACCAUGACAGGUAUGUUUUAUUUAAUGAGGCAGCAUAAUUUAUUUCAGUUAAUGUAUUCAAAUUAUUUUUAUUCUCGUAGCCCAUAGUAGAAUACAAAUCUGACUUACAGUCAGAAGAGCCAACAUGAUGCCAUUUUUAAUGCCUAUUAAAAAAUGCUCUCAAGCCUAAACCCCUCUUUGAGAACUUUGGUAAACAAGACACAACUAUUUGCCAUUUGAACAAUACCCUAGAUCUCUGCUGCUGACAGAGACAGAAGCUCACUCUUGAAAUGCUCUCAGAAGGUGCAUAAGACACUUACACAUCCCUUAGCUGCAGUCCCCCUUUGAUAGAUGAGAGGGAGUGAAUGAAAGACUGACAACUGCAAAUACACUUUCCUUCAGCAAGCGACAUAAGGUUCAGAGCAGCCAUUAGCAUUUAAACGAAUUCUACCAAGUACCGUUAACGUAAUGGAUUCCAUCAGCGUAUCAUGACUAAGUGUUGGUAUUUAUAUGAUGAAUGUUCAGCCUGCCACGCCAUCUUAAAACAAUAUGCUUUCACAACAAGGAUGUACCAGGAAUUAAUGGACUCCAUAUGUCCAGCUUUUGAUUUGCUCAAAGUAAGAGGGUGACACAAAAUCGGUUGUUGCUUUGUCAUCAGAUAUUUUAAUAUUUUAAUGUCUUGAGCAAAGUAAUGCAUUUCCCAGCUAGUUAGCUUCCAUCGGAAAAGCUCAUAGCUCCUAUAUCACUGAGAAUGUGGUGGGGAAGAAAAAAAUAUUAAUGGAAAAAUCUUUUUUUGUAAUCUUUAUUUUUUUGUUUCCCUGCUAAUACUGUCACUCAGCUCCUGGGUAUUGUGUUCUACAGCCUGAGAAAUGUGAAGCAGAUGUGUGCAGAGAUUCUCUCUAAGAGGAUCCGCUCUCAGCUCCUUAAAAGAUUUUUUUUCCCUCACUGUAAUGUCUAACAUUUUAAAUAAAAAAAAUCCUCAAUAUUUUUCUCAAGGCAUUGUGAUUAGCACAAAAAAUACUUCAACCAAUAACUCUAGACAGCCACAAAUUAAUAUAUUAUUACAAAAAAAAACUUUGACCAUGUUAAAAAAAAAAAAAAUCUGUGUAACCGAGAAAGCCAGAUUCAUCGAAAAAAACUGUGAACAGUGAAAAUGGCUUUGAGUGCGUUCAAUUCUAUAAUUAUAACGGAAUAUAAUGAUGUCAAAUGCAUUCCAACAUGCAUUCCAUUUUGCAGAUCUGACACUCAGUCUCAUCCUAGGGUCAAUCUGCUAAGCAGUAAAGCAGUUACGCAUUUACAGUAUUGUCCUACCCAUUCCACAACAACAAAAAUCUCAAGACCCGUCUACAAGAAAUGUCAGAGUUAAAAUAUAGGUAGACCAUCAUGUGCACGAGUAGUCAGAGAAAAAUAUAUAAUCACAUUUUACUUGAAUGGAUAUGUUAAGAAGUGGUCUUUAAGCUUUAGAAAUUGUACUCUUUCUUAUAUUGAAUUGAUUUCAUACUGGCUCCCUUGCGGUUGGAAGACAGCCUAAAUGUAGUGUAUCUUCAGUGUAACUGCUCUGUAAUUGUAGUUUCUGUGUGUCUAAUGUGUGCUUACAAUGCAGUAAAUCUGCACUUUCACCACCGUUUGCAGUCAUUUGUUCCAAUUAAAUGCUCCUUGGCUGUAGUUAAAAUGAAGCCAGGUUCUCCAGGAGGGCUAGCUAACACAGUCUGAACAAGCAAGCCAGGGGAGUCUGAGAAAGUCACAGCAUACCACGAAGACCAGACCUAAGUGAUAACAUGCGUCUGUAGGCGGGAGGAUUUCUGGUGUAAGCCAUCCACCAGACAUAUGGCUCAAACACUGGCUUGCACAGCUAACACCCACAGAGGGGAAAACACAGGACAGGAAAAAGUGGUAAUGCUCAACAAGAACACAUCAGCACCACACAAGGACCACACCUUCAAGGAGUGAGAAAGGCAAUGACACAUAUGGGUCUAAAACAAUGCUUGCACAUUUUCUCUCAUUCCUUUCUGUGCACAAUAUCUCAGCCAAUUAAACUCAAUUCCCUUAACAUGUGU